UUGCCUUGUUGGAAGGUGGUUUCUGGAGGAAGCGCUUUGACAGCGGACGGUAGCAGAAAGACUCACUGAGUUGAAGAACCGAUAGACACCCGGACGCACUCACUCGAAUGAUCAUUUGUCUCCUGUUACCUUACGAUGUCAAUCACUGAGGACCUUCCAGACAUGGAUGGAACAGACCUGUUGGGGCUGCUGUUCCACGAUGGAGGGGAUGGCUCUGCAGAGCCCCUCUUUCCUAAUGAGAACGGACUCAUUGAAUCCUGGCUGUCUGAACAAGAUAUGCUCACAGGUAUGGAUACUGAAGACUUUCUGUCCAGCUUGUUAGAGGAAGAGGACAACAUGGGGACUAUUUGUCCCUCUCAUUCUCCCUUGGGCAGUGACAGUGGCAUUUCUGAUGACAGCAGCACUGGGGUUGGAAACAACAAUCUUCUGGGAUGCCCAAGUCCCCAUGGUAGUGAUAGUGACGUUGUGCCCAGCCCCAGUUACUCACAGCCCAGUCCUGUGCACUCGGACCCUGCCCAGGGCCCUGGAGAGCUGCACACAGAGAAUCUGGAGGUCUUAACAGUCCAGGCAGAUCACAGCUACUCUCUGCUUCAGGGCAGGGACAUGGAUAUCCUGCAGAGUGUGAGGACAGAAAGACCAGAUACAGACGUCUUCAUUGAUUUGGAUGACCUGGUGAGUGAGGCAAUAGAGGAGGACAUCACCAGCGAACUGCCCUGCACUUUGGCCAUAGAGGACUCAAUGCAGGAUUCAGCACAGCCCAACAAAACAGACCAGUUCCAGUUUAAAGAGAUUGUGCUCACUGAGGAGGAGAAGCGUCUUUUGGCGAAAGAAGGAGUAACCAUUCCAACACAAAUGCCUCUCACAAAGGCAGAGGAGAGGACCUUGAAGAGGGUCAGGAGGAAGAUCCGCAACAAGCAGUCGGCUCAGGAAAGCCGCAAGAAGAAGAAGGUGUAUGUUGAUGGACUGGAAAACAGGGUUGCCAUCUGUACUGCACACAACCUGGAAUUACAGAAGAAAGUCCAAAUGCUUCAGAAACAGAACAUCUCCUUGAUAGAGCAACUGAGGAAACUACAGGCUAUGGUGAAGAUGUCAACUAUGAAGGCCAGCACAACCAGCACUUGUGUCAUGGUGUUCCUGCUUUCUUUCUGCCUCAUUAUCUUCCCAUCAGUCAAUCCGUUUGGUGGAAACACAGAACAGAAGGAGCUCUAUACACCCACCUCCAUCAUCUCUCGGACCUUGCGCUCACUGCCAUCAGAAAGCACAGAUGCCAUACCCUACCUGGAGCCUGAAAAGGACGACCUUACCUUUGUGUCCCAAGCAGAGGUGGAGAACGUUAAAGCCAUCUUUGCCGGGGGUCAGAAGAAUCACACUCCUGACUACCAGAGGGUGGAGCAACCUGACUCGGAAACAGGCGUCAACAGCAACUCUUCGGCAGACUUCCCUAAUCCCGCUCAGGCUGCAGAGAUGAAGCCGGGGCCGGCUGCCGGAGUAGGGGCCUUACAGGAAGGAUCCAUUGAUACUGUAGUGGCAUCUGCUGUAGCAUAUGAGGUCUCAGGGUCCAAGGAUAACUGGAUAGACCGGAACCCCCCGUCUGUCAUAUUACAGCAGCACCGCUCAGAUGAAAUGUAGUAAGGAGAUGUUUAGCAAUAUGACCACCAGAGGGAGCCAUAUUCUUAAUGUUAUGGGUACCAGAGGGAAAUUUAAACUUAGAAAAA